UUCUAGCAGAAUUGAAGGAAUUAAAACAUUCUAGCAGUUUUUUGACAGUUUUGACAAUUUCAAGCUGCUAUACUUUCUUUUCUGUAUAUCCGGUUCAAGUGAUUGGGUUGUGUUUUUUAAAAGAAUUCAAUCAAUAUGCCACCAAGGAAGAACAAAGUUCAAAAAGAGGAAGUCCAGGUUUCCCUAGGACCCCAAGUGCGCGAUGGUGAGCUUGUAUUCGGUGUUGCUCACAUCUAUGCAAGUUUCAACGACACCUUCGUCCAUGUUACCGAUUUGUCCGGCCGUGAAACCAUUGCCCGUGUUACCGGAGGAAUGAAGGUCAAGGCUGAUCGUGAUGAAGCUUCACCCUACGCUGCUAUGUUGGCCGCUCAAGAUGUUGCUGAAAAGUGCAAGACUCUUGGAAUCACUGCCCUGCACAUCAAGCUCCGUGCCACCGGUGGAAACAAGACAAAAACUCCAGGACCAGGUGCUCAAUCGGCACUCCGUGCUCUGGCUCGUUCAUCGAUGAAGAUUGGCCGCAUCGAGGAUGUGACUCCAAUUCCAUCAGAUUCCACACGUAGGAAGGGAGGUCGUCGUGGUCGCCGUUUGUAGAUUGAUAAUGUGUGCCGGAUUUGUUUUGUGCUUCAUUAUUUGGGAUUAGAUUAUUCCAUAAAUUGUGACGACAAAACUGAUUUUUUAUUGAUAUAAACAAAAACCCAUAAAAAUCUAAA